AAGAUUAAGGAAGCACGAAAAGGUCAACGGGCGAAUUAACAACGCGUUCAUGUGCACGUUUUUCUCUUUGGGCGGACGCGCGCGCUCCACUGUACUCAACAACGUACGUGCGCGUAUCCGAGGAUCUGUGACCAAGAUGGCGUGUCCCCACGGAACAAACGUCGUAGUUCCCCGCAACUUCCGGCUGCUGGAAGAACUGGACGAUGGUCAGAAAGGAGUCGGAGAUGGCACAGUUAGUUGGGGCCUUGUCAACGAUGACGACAUGACCCUCACUCACUGGAAUGCCACCAUUAUCGGCCCCCCUAAGACUGUCUAUGAAGGCAGAAUAUACUGUCUGAAAAUCGAAUGUGGACCCAGAUACCCAGAUCAUCCGCCUCAUGUACGUUUUUUGCACAGGAUCAAUAUGGUUGGAGUACAUUCAUCAAAUGGCGUUGUGGACGUAAAGGCACUGCCCUGCUUGUUCAGAUGGAAAAACAGUUACACAUUGCGUAUGGUGCUCACAGAGCUCAAACAACACAUGACAAUGAAAGAGAACUACAAGCUUUCCCAGCCUCCCGAGGGUCAAAUGUACAACUGAUACAUCUGCAUCUACCCCUCCCUGUCAUCCAUAUACACAGAGAAACACAUAGACAGACAGACCACAUUCCACAUAUUCAACACUGGCUACACCUCUUUGGCUACACAAGUGUCAUUUUGUCCAAGAUCCCAGAAGACCAGCACCAUCAUGUGAAGCAUCCCAUUGGACAGCGGGAAUAAUAAUACAGGGGACUUCCUCACCCAGUGCCCAGUUAGCCAUUUUGGUCCACAGAGAAGACCUGACCAAGCCCAAAAUACUGUGCAUUUGGUUUAUUUUGGCCUGUCAAUGUGCAUAAUGAUUAUUUAUUGGAAUCUUAUAUUCUUCGUGAAUUUGAAAUAGAACAGUGGUUCUAUGGUUAACACCAGUAUGAAAUGUAUCAUGGUGCUGGUGAGCAAAUUCCUUUUUUUUUUUUUUUUUAAAAGACCACACUAUUUUACUCUUCUUCUGAACUAGAUUCCCAUGCCCCAUACGAUAUUUAAGUCUAAUAGGCUCUUUUAGUGUUGAAUGAGAUUCCCUCACUUACUUCAAUCCCAAAGAUGUGAAUUAGUUGGUUCUUCUUUUAAGAAGUGCAUGUCUGGUUCAAGUGAGUGUAACUAAGGGGGUGGAGGGACAUUCAACAACUUGUGUAUCAACAAAAGCACGGCAGCCUCAUCACUCAUGUUGGAAGAUUUCUGUUUGUCAUAACGUUUUGUGAUGGUGUCUGAUUCCAAGCAACCUGUGGGGCGGGACAGCGUUGCGUGGCGAGAUCUCUACAGAGAGGAUGUGUUUGGAACUUUUCUGGAUCGCCACUUGACAGUAGCUUGUGCUGCCUUUUUUCUUUCCUUUAUAUUUUAUUAUUUUGGGGGUUCUUGUUUUGGUUUCUUUAGUUUCUGGGCUGACCUGUGUGGGCCUCCUGAAGUAGUCAACUUUCUGUUUAUUUUUUGAUUUGCCACUGAGCAAUGUACGGCUUUGGAUGUUUAUUUUAAUAACAGGAACAUUCAGUUAGGGUGAUGGGGACCUGUUGCAUGGUUUUGUUUGAAUUAAAUGUUAUUACUUUUGCA